AUGAAAGCCCAGCCCAAGCUUCUGCCGCCGCUGCUGCUGGCCGCCGCCGCCGCCGCCGCCGCAGCAGCAGCAGCACAGUCCGUGGAGCAGCUGCUGUCGAAGCUCCCCGCGUGCUCGCUCAACUGCGUCGUCCAAGGCGCCCUCGAGCACAACUGCACCGUCGCCGACUUUGAGUGCCAGUGCAACAUCAUCGGGCCCAUCAUCGCGACAGUGUCCCCGUGCUUGGUCAAGGCAGGGUGCAGCUUCGAGAACAUCACAGCCACGGCGCAGGUGGUGGUGCAGCUCUGCCGGUCGAUGGAGAACAGCGCGACGAUGGCGGCGGCGGCGACGCAUGGGGUCGAGGGGGCGGCCAGCUCGGUGGAGGCCAAGUCGGGUGCGGUUCGGGGCGCGAUGGGAUGGGCCGUGCUGGCUUUGGGUGGCCUGGCUGGCGUGAUGGUGCUUUCGUGA